GUAGCGGGAAACAUGAAAAAACAGAACAUGGUGAUGGGGAAGGAAGAGCUGCAGUCAAGAGAAGUAGAGGAAUCAAGUUGUAUCGAAGUCUCUGCUUUGCAUUUCGCCUACGACGGGCAGCCUCCGCUCUUCGCCAAUUUCAAUCUCAGGAUCUCUCGUGGAUCUCGAUGUCUUCUUGUUGGUGCUAAUGGGUCAGGGAAGACUACUUUGCUAAAGAUUCUGGCUGGCAAGCAUAUGGUUGGAGGAAGAGAUGUAGUGCGGGUGCUAAAUUGUUCUGCUUUUCAUGAUACACAUCUGGUCUGCAGUGGUGACUUAGCCUACUUGGGCGGAUCUUGGAGUAAAAACAUUGGAUCUGCUGGGGAAAUUCCACUCCAGGGAGAUUUUUCUGCUGAGCACAUGAUAUUUGGAGUUGAAGGGACUGAUCCUGUUAGGAGACAGAAAUUGAUCGAACUACUUGACAUUGAUCUGCAGUGGCGGAUGCAUAAAGUAUCUGAUGGGCAGCGACGCCGUGUCCAAAUCUGCAUGGGUCUUCUUCAUCUGUUCCAGGUACUGCUACUAGAUGAGGUUACAGUUGAUCUAGAUGUUGUUGCAAGACUUGAUUUACUUGAGUUUUUGAAGGAAGAAUGUGAUCAAAGAGGAGCAACAAUUGUGUAUGCAACCCAUAUUUUUGAUGGUUUGGAGACAUGGGCUACAGAUGUGGCAUAUGUCCAAGAUGGCGACUUGAAGAAGGCAGAGAAGUUGUCCGAGCUGCAAGAGUUGAAGAGUGCUUCCAACUUGCUUUCAGUGGUUGAGUCAUGGCUCCGUUCCGAAACUAAAUGUGAGUGCAAGAAGGUCCUCAAUCCUCCAGCCGAGACCAGGAAGACAUCUCCCUUUGAUAACUCUCCUUUUAGAUCAUCUAGGCACAUGGCCUACUACCGUUGAAUCUAACUCCUAUUCAACCUCUGUGGGUGGUGCCCCAAAUCGAGGUUUUUUACCCUGUAUCAGUAAAAGAAAAAUAAGCAAGGGCGAGAUGAUACUAGUACAAUACCCCCAAUAUAUCAAAAAACAAUCCUAGAGCUACCCAAUAUCCACACUCCUUUAAGUUAGAAAAGGGAAAGGUGGGACUAUUCUUAUAAAGAAUGCCGCUUUAUUGGCUUUACUGUUGUGGCACGGUUGUCAGAUUAAGCAACUUUGAUUUUGGUCAUAGAUGAUCUAUAAUUUAUGUUCAACAGAUUGGCAUUGGUGAAUCCUAUUACCUAGAUUCUGCUUGAUGUUAUUUUAUUCAACCGUGCAAUGCUUCCCCAUGGCGUUUAGAAGGCCAAGCUGCUAUGUUCCUAGCAAUAUUUUGAGUUGAAACACCAUUUAUACUUGAACUACAUACAUCACUGUUUGUACCUGAAUGCUAUUUGGUGAGAAAUGUAUUUUCUAUUCAUGUCAGCAUCCAA